AUGGCUGAGUUAAUGUUUGGAAUGGGUAUGACCAAGAAGAAGAAGGCUGACAAUGCCUACGUCAAGGAGACCAGAGAUGCGCUUAAGAAUGUUAACAUCUCUGACACUGUUGAAGGCUCUGUCAGAAAGGAACAAAACAACCGCGUCAGGGCAGAAAAGGAAACUCAGCGCAACACUGUCAGAGACAAUCAAAACGUGAAUGUCUCAGAAACCGUUGAAUCCAACGAGCUAAAGGCAUUGGCUGCACGAGGAAAGGCAGAAAAGGAAACCCAGCGCAACACAAUCAGAGACAAUCAAAAUGUGAAUGUGACAGAAACCGUAGAAUCCAAUGAACUUAAGGCAUUGGCAGCACGAGGAAAGGCUGAGAAGGAAACUCAACGUAACACUGUCAGAGAGAAUCAAAAUGUCAAUGUGACAGAAACUGUGGAGUCCAAUGAACUUAAUGCAUUGGCAGCUCGAGGUCGGGCUGAGAAGCAAGCAGAACGAGAUACCAAGGCUACACUUAAGAAUGUCAAUAUUUCAGAGUCGGUUGAAGGACAAGUGCGCAAAGAACAAAACAAGAUGGAAAAGGACUGGAAGGAAGCUGGAAGGCAACAAAAGAAAGACAACAACAACUUCGACAUGGCCCGUGCACUUUUCAACUAG